CCGCCGAGGGUGGGCGCAGGUCCUCGAAGGCGCACCGCUGCAGACCCGACCACCAGGAGCUUUGGUUGACCGAGCGCCGGCUGGCGGGGCGUUCGUUGGGCUUUUCGUGCGUCGUCUUCAGGAUCAGCUGCUCCAGGAAGCGAGAUGGCGAAGCCGCCACCCAAACCGGUCAAACCAGGGCAAGUUAAAGUGUUCAGAGCUCUUUAUACGUUUGAACCCAGAACUCCAGAUGAAUUGUACUUUGAGGAAGGUGAUAUUAUCUACAUUACUGACAUGAGUGAUACCAGUUGGUGGAAAGGCACCUCCAAAGGCAGGACUGGACUAAUCCCAAGCAACUAUGUGGCUGAGCAGGCGGAAUCCAUUGACAAUCCAUUGCAUGAAGCUGCAAAAAGAGGAAACUUGAGCUGGUUGAGAGAGUGUCUGGACAACCGAGUUGGUGUCAAUGGCUUAGACAAAGCUGGCAGCACUGCCUUGUACUGGGCUUGUCACGGGGGUCACAAAGAUAUAGUAGAAAUGCUAUUUACUCAGCCAAACAUUGAACUGGACCAACAGAACAAGUUGGGAGACACAGCUUUGCAUGCUGCUGCCUGGAAGGGUUAUGCAGAUAUUGUCGAGUUGCUUCUGGCAAAAGGUGCUAGAACAGAUUUAAGAAACAAUGAGAAGAAGCUGGCCCUGGACAUGGCUACUAACGCUGCCUGCGCAACUCUCCUGAAAAAGAAACAGGGAACAGUUAUCUUUCUAUCCAGUGACCUUGCCUUCAGAUGCUGUUCGAACAUUAAGCAAUGCUGAGGAUUAUCUUGAUGAAGAUGACUCAGAUUAAUUUCUUUCUGAAGCUUUAAGAGCUAAAACUUCUGUUGCUUUUGCCAUUCCAAAACCUUGUCUUUGCCAGAAGAGUGUUGGUAACUGUUUUUUGUUUUUGUUUUUUAAUGUCCAUAUGAACGUGGAACGUGGCAGUAUUGCACUGUGUUUGAGUAGAACAUGUAAAUGAAUAGUUCUCACCUUUGGUUUGCCAAUAAGUGACUGGAUUCUUCGCUGUAUAAAGUAAGUUUUUGUUUAACAGAAUAGAAUAAGAAGAGAUUAUUGCUAUUUAUCAAGUUAAAGGAAUUUUAAGAAUUUAUUUCUUUAAAAAAAUCAGGAUGGUUUUAUAAAUUAAAUUUCUUUACCUCAAGGAUGUUUUGAAUGGAUUUUUCAAGGGGAGAAAUGCUUAUUAUAAUAAUAAACCAAAAGACAACAGAAAAUUGUCAGUUAUUCUGACAAAAAUAAACAUUUUAAGAGACUUUU